CUCUCUCUUCGCUUUCUCUUAUAUUAAGUCUUAUCCGACUCUUCUCUUUCUACAAUAUGAUGUCUUAGCCAUCUUCAAUAUCCUAUUCUUUAACCGACACCCACCUCAUCCUUAUCCUACUCACCCUUAUGUAUUCUUCUCUUUCUCUCUGUGUUCCUCUGCACAAAACAAUUGUGACGCUGUUCUUGAGCAAUUGAUGACUAGAGAUCCUUUGAGGGAGAGUAAGAGAAAGAGAGGACGAGGACGAAGAAGGAGGAGGAUAAGGGAGUAGGGUGAGUAUAUUUUUGUUUUUAUCCAUAGUAAUGGAAGUCAUGGUGGGGCCCACUUAUAGCAUGGAGGUGUCUGUGCCGUCACCGUCGUGUGUCCUAGACCGAAGCGAUGUUGCUGCGGCGCAGGAUAAGUCGACGUGUUUGUUCUUGAAGGGUAACGGCGGAGAAAAAGAAGAUCAUCAUGAGACCGGCGGGGAAAAAGUCGGCUCUGGUUAUGGAUCGGGUGGUUCUUCGGACAGUUCGUCGUCCAUCGGGGAUCCCGGUGACAGCGAAGAAGAAGAAAACGACUACGUUGCAUCGUCGUCAAAGUUGAAAAAAUCUACGCUUUCUUUGGAUUCACUAGAAGACUCUCUUCCGAUAAAGAGAGGAUUAUCGAAUCACUAUACUGGGAGAUCAAAAUCAUUUGCGAAUCUAUCAGAUGUGAGCACAGUAAAGGAUCUGGGGAAGGAAGAUAAUUCAUUCAACAAGAGAAGAAGAUUGUUUAUGGUAAACAAGUUAUCCAGAAACAACAGAAGAUCAUCUUUUUACUCCUGGCAGAACCCUAUAUCUAUGCCUCUUCUUCCUGCUCUUGAAGAAGAAGAAGAAAAAGAUCAUCUUCAUCCUCAUCAAGUUCAAAACUUGUCUUCGUUUAAACAAGAAGCAGCAGAGGAAAAAGAAGAAGAAGAACAACAACCGAUCAAAAACCCACCAACAAAAACGUUAAAUGGAAGCAGGUUUAAGAUUGGUUGCAAGUCACAAAGUUGCUUCUCUCUUGCAGAUCUGCAAGAAGAUCAAGAAGAAGAAGAGAAUCAAUGGUAGUAUGUCUAGGUUAACCUUUUGUUUUAAAAUUUAUUUUAUUUUAUUUUGUCUGUUAAAUUAGUAGAAAUUUUUUUAAUGAAUGUAAAUAAAUAAUCAAAAGAAAAAAAAUGUUUCAAGUA